AACGCUUCUCCUUUGUCCCUUUUCCCAGUGUCUUGUCAAUCCCACUGUUCUAUUAUUCAAGUUUUGAGUAUUAAUCAAGGGUUUGAUUCCAACAUCCUGUGCAGAUCCAUCCCGGAAACCCUAGCGGUUCGAUUCACUUGUAAGCCUUUCUUCUGCGGCGGUUUUCUCUCCGCAUGCCAGAUGUUUGAUGAAUUGCUCCAACUAAUUGAACAAACCAAAAGUGAUUCCUGAGAGAGACCAUGUACGGGAGAAAAGGGUAUCAGCUGGUGAAAGAUUUUGCCAGCGGAGAGAAAGGUCAGCUCAAACCUUUUAACAGCAAGCUCUUUGACGAGACAAUUGAAGAAUGUGACCAGAAUCACCAUCUUAUCCAGUCCUUGAUUAGGAAAAUGCAACAAGAAGGUUUGGAUGUUCAGAACAAUAGAAACGCUGACCACUAUGGAGCACUCAUUCAUCACCUUUCUUUGAUCCGGAACAAGCGCUGCCUCAUGGCUUAUGUGUACAACCGAGCAGAAAUUGUGCGGGAUUUGGCAUGGAGAGUAGGCCUUGAACUUCUCGACCUUCCCUCUGACAUCCAAGGCAAGCUCACUACACUGGAAAAAGACUACUUUAAGAACCAUUCCGUAGCUCUUAAAUCAUACAUGGGAAAAGUAGGAAUCGAGUUGAAUGUCGAUAUGGUUCCUCCAAAAGAUCCUUACAUCAAGGUCAGGAUUCUGGAUGAUAUUGAUGAAGGAAUCGUGCUGAGUGACAAAACAACAAAUUUUGCCCGUCAUUCUAUGCAUUUCCUCAAACGAACUGAUGCGGAACCCUACAUUGCUCGGGUCAGUCGUUUCAUUGUACCCUCCCUAAAAACUAGAAUGAUCUAAGCCCAUAAUCUUCCGCGUUUUUAUAAUUUAGAAACACAAAGAAUUCAUGCAAAAGCCUUGCUCAAAUUCGUAGAGAUGUAGAUAGAACCUUAGUUACAGGCUUCCCUAAAAGGUUUAGUAGAAGAAAAACAGAAUACUGCGAAAGAUAAGCUAUAUAGCUGAAAAGCAAAACUAAAGAAAAUCUGAAUAGUGAUGCCAGUAGAAAUUCUAGGUUUAGUGAUACGUAUAAAAUUGAUGUGUGAAGAAGAUUACAUAGCGGGGAACCUUUUUCAUAAAUUGUGAAAGUAUAUAUUGGUUUGUCUGGUCUGCCAAUUUUGAUGUUUUUCAUAGUAUAUGCCAAAGGUUGUUUGUAAAUCAGAAGCAGUCUUCUGAUUGCUAUACCAAAAUUAAGAUGGUACAUCCUUUGGAUGAUAGAAGUGUUUCUAAAUGUCGAGGUUUGUGAAUUG